AUAGAGAACAGUAUAAAGUUAUGUAUUAAUGCAGGAUAAACAAACGCGAUUAUGAUCUUCUGCCUCUCUUCCUCUUUUGGAAGUGGGCGGUUUCUGUAGUUUCACAUUCUCAUUGGGUUUAUUAUUUUCUCAGUGCGUCGCUGUUUCUGUUCAGAUAACACACACACGAUAAAAGAACCCUCAUUCCAGCCAAUGGGAAGACAGGACCUGCUGCUAAAAGUUUAUUGGCUGAGCUGAAUGUCCACAGAGACUCUGGCCUUGUCUGUUUGCUGUACACAAGACCUCAGAGUGGAGCUGAUCACAUGGUACUCUGGAGAGCACAGUGCUUUGCAGAGACUGGAGGCAUGGCGCACUGGAAGGAAAUGAAGAAAGAGGUAUUGUUUAUGUAACGACUGUGUUGUUAGCCUGCAGUGAAAUGGCGUGUCGAUGCUUUGCAGAAGGAGCCAGGAGCUUGAGAAGCAGUACUCUCCAAGCAUGUGGUCACAUAGGAUGGGCAAGGAUGAAGUGAUAACAGCCCAUGUUACAGCUCUCUCUGAAGGUACAAAGAAAGCUGGCAGCGUGGCACAGACCUUGUUAAACGUACCAUAUGGAGAAGGAGAUGGGGAGAAACUGGACAUCUACCUGCCUGUCUGUCCACCACAAGAUUUAGCUUUAGUUAUCUACAUCCACGGAGGAUACUGGCAGUUUUUCAGUAAAGAAGAGUCAGGCUUUAUGGCGCCCCCGCUGGUUUCAAGAGGUAUUGCUGUAGUAGCAGUUGAUUAUGACAUAGCACCAAAAGGUAGCAUGGAUGUGAUGGUUUCUCAGGUCCGACGUAGUGUGGCCUCCAUUGUCCAGCAGUACUCUCACAUCAGUGGAGUUUAUCUGUGUGGCCAUUCAGCAGGUGGUCAGCUGGCAGCCAUGGUUCUCUCCACAGACUGGUCCCAGUAUAAGGUCACUCCCAACAUCAAAGGGGCAGUCCUUGUUAGUGGUAUUUAUGAUCUCCUGCCAAUCAUCUCAACCUAUGUCAACGACCCCCUUAAGAUGACAGAGGAGGACGCUGUGCGGAGCAGCCCUGUGCUGCUGGUGCCGAUGCUGAAGCGCUGGUCCGCGGGGUGUGAGGUUGUGGUGGUGGUAGCUGAACACGACUCUCCUGAGUUCAGGAGGCAGUCUCGAGAGUACUUCCAGGCUUUGGAAUGUGCAGGGCUGAAGGUCAGCUUUGAGGAUGUAUCGAACACGGAUCAUUUCAAUGUAAUAGAACAACUAUCGGAUGAAGAUUAUCAUCUCACACAGGUUUUGCUGAAGAUGAUUAGAAGGACAAGUGUUUCACACACGUAGAACCAUGAAAGCCAAGUUGAAAUGCAUAACACUGACAUAUUAAAUACAAAACAGUACCGUCCUCUCAAAUAUAUGUAAGGGCAGCAGUGUGGAGUAGUGGUUAGGGCUCUGGACUCUUGACUGGAGGGUCGUGGGUUCAAUCCCAGGUGGGACACUGCUGCUGUACCGUUGAGCAAGGUACUUUACCUAGAUUGCUCCAGUAAAAACCCAACUGUAUAAAUGGGUAAUUGUAUGUAAAAAAAUAAUGUGAUAAAUUGUAAGUUGCCCUGGAUAAGGGCGUCUGCUAAGAAAUAAUAAUAAAGUUGACCAUCUGAAUAAAUGCU